UGUCAAACUCAAGGCCCGCAGGCCAGAUGUGGCCCGCCACGUCAUUUUAUGUGGCCCGCGAGAGUGUCCGUGUUGAGUAUCUAAAAAUAAAUACAGAAAAAUAAAUUAAGAGCGUGCUUUGACCAAAAACUACAUUUCCCACAAUGCCUUUCUACCUCGGUAGCCGCGGCAGUGUUUCCACAUCCAUGCCAACAAGUGGAAUUGAGAUAUCAAUAAUGAUCCCAAAAUGUCCAGAAAGAGAAAAGUUGAUGCAGACGGAAGACUGUUUCAAGAAAGAUGGAAAGGCGAAUACUUGUUUGUGCUUCAAGGAGAAAGACCAGUAUGUCUUUUGUGUUACGAGGCGGUGUCGGUUGUCAAAGAGUACAAUCUGCGUCGACAUUUUGACACCAAACACGGAGCUAAGUAUGCUAAAGCUAGCCUUCAAGAAAAGCAACAAAUUGCCCAAGAAUUAAAAGGCAAACUGCGGUUGCAGCAGAGUUUGUUCACAAAAUCCACAGCCAAAAACGAGGCUGCAGUGAAAGCUAGCUUCAUUGUGGCUGAAGAAAUCGCCCACGCUUCCAAGUCUUUUUCAGAGGGAGCGUUUUUGAAGCAGUGCAUGCUGAAGGUCUGUGAGCAGGUGUGUCCCGACCAGUUACAGACUUUUAGAAAUGUCAGUUUAUCAAGAAACACCAUCGCGAACCGAGUGAAGGAACUAGCAGAAAAUCUUACAACACAGCUGACCGAGGAGACACGCAGCUACACAGCUUUUUCAUUAGCUGUUGAUGAAAGUACAGAUAACACAGACACAGCGCAGUUAUCAAUUUUUAUUAGAGGCGUAAAGUCGGACCUCUCUAUCACUGAGGAGCUGUUGGAUGUGGCUGCAAUGCAUGGGACCACGACGGGACAGGACAUUUUUGAUGCGGUGGAGAAGUCCGUAAGUAAAAAUGCAUUGCAGUGGGAAAACUUGGUGGGAUUAACUACAGACGGUGCACCGGCAAUGUGUGGAGGAAAAGUGGGCUUGGUUGGACUAAUGAAGAGGAAAAUGCAAGAAAUGAACUGUCACACGCCUCUGAUAACAUAUCAUUGCAUUAUCCAUCAAGAAGCUUUGUGUGGGAAGGUGCUGGGGAUGGAGGACAUUGUGACCACAGUCAUGAAAACAGUGAACUUCAUUCGGGCGCGGGGCCUGAACCACCGUCAGUUCCAGCAGUUUUUGCUGGAGAUGGGCUCGGAACACGGGGAUGUGCCGUACCAUACAGAAGUGCGGUGGCUGAGUAGGAGCAAAGUCCUCAAGCGAUUUUUUGAGCUCAGGGAAGACAUUGCUAUUUUUAUGCAGAGUAAAGGAAAACUCAUGUCUGAACUAUCAGAUCCAAAGUGGCUGUGUGACUUUGCUGUGCUGUGUGACAUAACCGACCAUCUCGCCCAGCUGAAUCAGAAGCUGCAGGGACGCAAACAAGUCAUCACGCAGAUGUCCGACACGAUCACGGCUUUCCAGCGUAAAUUGGACUUAUGGAUGUGGCAAGUGAAACAGGACAAUCUUGUCCACUUUCCUGUUUGUCAGAGCAUGUCAACCUCGUUUCCCGAGACUUUUUCAUGUGCUCAGUUAGCUACCAAACUGAGCUGGUUAAAGACUGAGUUUGAUCGGCGCUUCUCUGACUUCAGAGCACAACAGUCAGGCUUUAACAUCUUUGCCAAUCCUUUCACCACCGAUGUCUGCACUGCACCCCAACACCUUCAGAUGGAGCUAAUUGAGCUUCAAAGCGACAGUGGCCUGAGAGCAAAGUUCCAGGAUGCUGCAAUCCAGGACUUUUACCGUCUGAUGCCCCCUGGUUUGAUGCCACAGCUUCGACUUCAUGAUGCCCGUGUUCUGUCCAUGUUUGGAAGCACCUAUUUGUGCGAACAGUUUUUUUCCAUAAUGAAUCUGAACAAAAACAAGCACAGAUCACGCCUCACGGAUGACAACCUCCAUGCUGUUCUACGCAUUGCCUCAGCACAGGACCUAAAGCCAGACAUUGACACACUGGCAACGGAAAAACGGUGUCAGACAUCUGGUCAGAAAAACACAGAACAUGAUCAACGAUAGUAGAGAGAGAAUCCACUUGGUGUGUUCAAGGACAGGCAGCAUCUCCUCAUCAAAGACUAACCAAAAAACUUGAGUAAUAUAGUUGUGAACUGAAUCAACCUUUAUUUUGGUAUUUUUAGUUGAUUAUAUAUUAUUUAUGUAUAGCUGCUGUUGUAAUUAUUUAGUGUUUGCAGGUCUUAUGUGUGUAUGCAGGCAAAUUGUUGUCAUCAAACCAUCAGUUGGAUGCAAGGCUGUGUGUAGCCUUUUUUUGUAAAAUGCUACAUGUGUCAUACAUGUUCUUUGCAGCUCAGUUUUAGGAUGUCUUCAAAGCUAUUUGACUACUUGUUAUUUUUCUUUAUUCACUUGGACAGUUUGAUCCUUCAUUAAUGGAGUUAUGUGGGUUUUCAUAAGCUGACAAAAUUUAAAAGGAUUUAUGUUAGAGCAACAAGCAAACAUAUGUUUUCUAUGCAACUGUAAUUGUCACUUGAAUAAGUUAUAAUAAAUAAUGAGUUAUUUAACAUUAA